GUGUGAGCGCGCACUGUGUGUGUGUUUGUAUAGGUGGGGAGGAAUCUCGAGCGCUACGAUAGGAAGGAAUGUUAAAUCAAUUGGAGUUACUUAAGUAUUUUAUAAUUUAGAAUAACUUAGUUUCAUAUAUAUAUAAAAGUAUAUUCGCUAAAAUGUCAAGAAAGAACACCAUAGGACCAGAGUACUUCCGGCUGCGUGAUGAUGAGCGCCUCAUGCGGACUCACGAGACAAUGGUCGAUUUUAUCAAGGAUAGAUCUGCAAACCGCAGUUUCUUGGAUGCCUUAAGUUUUGGUUAUGGGUUUGUUCCGGAAUUGGACCGCUUUGCAGCUCAGUUUACAGGGUAUGAAGGUUCAUCUAAUGAGGAUUCUUAUGAUUAUGAUUAUGACGACAACAAGUAUGCCAUCGUUAUAAACAAUAGAAACUAUUCUCACAACUUCCUUGAAAGAGGUCUGCCAAAACCAUCCAAACACACAUCAGCUGAGGAAGCAGAAAGAAAUGCAAAAGAGUUAGUGGAUGAAGAAGAAAAACUUAAGAAAAAGGCAGAGAAGAAAAAACAGAAAAAGAUGAGACAGAAGGAGAGACGUCGGCUGGAAAAAUUAGAGAAGGAGAAUGCAAAUAAAGAAAAAAAUAAACCGGCACAAGUUGACCCAGGACCAGAAAAGAUUAAACAUGCAGAUAAAGAUGAAAAUAAAGUUAAAAACAAAAAUUGUACAUCUGUGCCUCCUGGUCCUCGGCGCCCCUCAGCACCUGUGCAGAGCAGUGAUAGCAGUAAUGAAGAUGACGAAGACGAUGAAGAGGAAGACUCCGCUAUGGAUCCAGAGGAGCUUGACAUGAAUAGCUGCUUUGUGUCAAAUGCAGCCUCUAUUGCCAAACGCAAACUUGAACAAAAACCCAGAAAUGACAAGAAACAUGCUCAAGCAAACUCAAACAAAUCGUGUGGGUCUGAGGAGAAAGAAAGCACUCUGCCACAAAAACAGAUUGAUAACAAGGAGGUGCAGAAGUCAGAGGAGACAGUCAAUGCAAAUUACUUUAUUACAAGAAGCGUGGAGCUGGCAGUUAUAGGUAAUGAGUAUGCCGCCUCAGGACACCUGGAAAUGGCUGUGAAAUAUUUUACAGAUGCUAUAAAACAUAACCCUAAAGAGUAUAAGUUAUUUGGAAAUCGCUCUUACUGCUAUGAAAAGAUGCUGCAGUAUGAGAAAGCUUUAAAUGAUGCUGAUAUUGCUCUUUCUAUGAACCCCAAAUGGAUUAAAGGGCUUUACAGAAAAGGCAAAGCGCUUGUUGGGCUGAAGAGAUACUAUGAAGCCAGAGUUACAUAUAAUGAAGUGUUAAAACUGGACAGCACAUGUAAGGACGCAGCUGAGGAGAUGAUGAGGGUGCAGCUCAUGCAGCUUAUGGUAAUGGGAUUCACUAAAGAGCAGAGUUCAAACGCCCUUAUUCUUCAUGGUACUGUAGAAAAAGCCUUAGAAAGUCUCUCUGGGCUGUCAGGUCUAAACCCUGUCCUAGUGCCCGGAGAACGCGAGUUUAUGUCUGUAGAGCAAAACGCACAACCUCCAGCUAAAUUCCCCCUCACACCUCUUCCUCAGAAUCAGCCUCGACCCAGUAUGCCAACCGCUGCUCCAGUUCAUCAUCAUCAUCAUCCUCCAGAGCUUUUUCCCAUCUGGGUCGGAAAUCUGGUGCCUUCUAUAACAGGGCAAAAGCUUUAUGACUUAUUCAGUUCUGUUGGGCAUGUCCAUAGUGUAAGAGUGUUACAGAUGAGACACUGUGCAUUUGUUAACUUCACCACGAAGGAGGACUGUGAGAAAGCCAUAAAUUAUUUACAUGGUUAUGCCAUUGAUGGGACACCACUAGUGGUGCGUUAUCCAGAUAGGAUUCACACACAUCUUGGAGUGUCCAGAGGUGCAUCUACAGAGUCCUCAGGGAAGAAUGGCAAACAGCCUGAUGAAUGUUAUUUUUGGAGGACAAUUGGCUGCAUUAAGAAUGAUCGCUGCAGUUACAAGCAUAUACCAGAAAACAAGGGCAUUGACCGAAAUAAAUCACACCCCUGAUUCCCAGCACGCAGACAGGGAUUUAACCAUCUUAAUCACUGUAAUUAGUUGGAUACACAGUAAGAAUUUCACAUGCAUAAAACAGCAGCUUGGGACUUUGGUGUUUGAUUUGUCAUUCAUCUAAGUGUUUUCUAAUUUCGGUUUUAAAAUGGUCUUAAUCUCAGUCUGUAUACAAGUUGAAGAGAGUUUUGAUUUUGGACAACAGGUAUGAUGGCUGCUUUUGAAUAAACUUUUUUUUUUUUGGUCCCACAGAAUGAUACAUUCCAUUUUACUAAGUCAUUUAUUGGUUUUAAUGUUUUUCAAGACAGUGACUUGAAGGUUUAUAUUUAAGGCUGUCAAAAGUUUUUCAUGAAUGGUCAUUGCAGAUGUUUUUUUUUUUUUUUUUUAAACUAUUGAAAAAUAUUUGCCUUCUGACACUACUAUCUGAGGGAUUUUAAACCAUAAGUAUUGUUACAUUGAGAAGUUUUAUUUGGAAUUAUCUGCAGGUUUUAACCUGCUUCUGUAAAUGCUGAAAUGUCACAAGUUAAAAAAAAAAUGUAAUGUCAAUACCCCUGAUGUCCUGUGCCACUUCUGCUGUAGAGAUGAUCUGCAGUAGACUGUAUUAUACCAUCUUAAGGAAAAAAGUCAUUUUUGAUGUAAUUGAUAUACCUGUAAAGCAAUGCAGAAAGACUCUCUAUUACAAUAAAAGGUGCCCUGAAAAAUGGUGAAAA